UUAAAGAAAUUCGACGAGUGAAGAAUAGGCAUAUAAAAUAUAAGUUGUCACAACUCACAAAACUUAAUAGAAGAAACCAUAUAAAGUUAAAAAUGUUUAAUGUAAUUAAAAUCUGUGCAUGCAAUGAUAUGCCACCGCGAGCAAGCCAUAACGGCAUUGGUGCCUUGCUUGCCAUUCUUGACGGAUCCAACAGUACCCUCACCCUCUGUUACUUGCUGCUUAUCUGUGGCUAACGUGAACGCUGCAGCUAGCACAACUCAAUCACACAGGGAACUCUAUGAAUAUUUUGAAAGUAUGGCCCAGAUUACGGUGUCAAGCCUGAGAAAGCUAAACAGCUUCCUGGUUUAUGUGCAAUUCAUGUACCCGUGCUCAUUGAUCCCCUUGUCAACUGCAAGACGCAAUGCAAAUGAACCAAGGAGAGGAGUUUGUGACGCUGCCACCAAGAACAAAACUUGAGGAGCAGUAAUAACUUCAAAAAAGGAAUUCUUAUGUAGUGAUGGAAUUUAAUUAUCUUGUUGUCUAUCAUAUGAUAUGUAUGACAAGAAAAUUAUAAAUAGAAGUGCUUGAUCCUUCUGUGAAAAUUUUCUGAUAACUCUCAACUGUAAAAAUCAUAAGAGACUCAAGUAGGCAGCAGUUUAUACUAGCUAACGUCUACUUAUAAAGAGAUUCAAAAAGUAUCAUUUUCUCAAGUAUUGUAGUGCAAAUACAUACACAGCCCUUCAA